GUAAAAUCAUUUAAGAGAGAGAAACGGAUAAAUGACUCUAAUAUUCUGGGUAUCGAAAAACGGAUAACCAGCGGACCUGCUGAAUACAUAAACAAACAACACUUGCAUGAUACAUAACGAAGGAUACACAAAGUGGUGAAUUCCUUCAAGCUGAAUGACUUCAAUGAUGGAUUCUUCUCCACAGAAUUGUCCUCGUAGAACCAAUGUGCAUACUCCACAAGGAAUAAAAUUCUCUCAAAUGAUUGCUGAUCUUCUUGAGGAACAUUCAAAACGAAACGGCUGCAAUAUGAAAGAUCAAUAUCAGACACAAAUUUGUCAAACUUAAUAAAGAAAGGCCUCUCAUGGGAGGAGCAGAAGAGCAAAGUUUCAGCAUGAAUCGGGUUUUCCACCACAUGUCAUCAAACAACAGAUCUCAGAACAAGUAUAAACUCAGAAAAGAAACUAGGCAUAUGCUUAUCCAGGUGAUGAAACUAAACAGCCUUAACACACUGAUCCAAAGCAACUGAACUAGCACCAUUUGCUCUGAACUAUCAAUUGAAGAUUCCAUUUUCCUAAGUUCAAACAAGUUCAAGAGAACCACGGGCAAUUCAAACAAAUCUGCAAGCUACUAAACCAAGCUCAGUUCACUUCCUUCCAUUUCUCUCGACUCGUAACAGAAUGAAGGCAAGAAGCUUCACAAUCUUCACUUCCAAUACAACCCCAAAAGAGGGAGCUCACAGCAGUCUCUAGCAUUGACAACAAGUACAUAGCAGCUUUACGGGGGAAAACCGAAGAAAAAAUUCGGACUUAAGAAACAAACGAAGAGGAAAGAGAAGAGGCGAGUUUGGGGUCUAAACCUGCAGAGGUCAUCGAGGAGCUCUUGAGGAGGAAGGCCGCCAUGGCCGUUCUUCAACGGAGCGCUGGAAGAUCGGUGCAGACCUGACAUUUCACGCACCUAAAAUUUUCUCUUCUUCGUCCCUUCUUUUGUGCUUCUUGCAGUGAUUUAUGAAUGAAAAGGAGCUCUUCCCGUUUUGGCGAUGGCGAUCGUUUAAAUGGGCGGAAAGGGAAAGAAAGAGCUCGUCUCUUUCUUCCCGGCGGCAGCGGCCGAUUUUGGGAUCCAACUCCCCAAUUGAACUCAACACCUUCCUCCUCGCCGAUUCAUCUUCUCCAUCUCUCCAGAGUGUCUCUUCUACAACAUGGCGAAACUCCCCUUGUUGGGCCCAUCUAUGGGCUCGCUCCACUGGGCCGACACCCCGUUUAGGUCCAUCAUAAGUUCAUAGCCCAAUUGAGAGAAACAGGCGAGCGAAACAAAGCAAGACAUCCUCCGAGGAAAAAAGAUCAGCAGUUUAUUAAAUUCUGCUGGGCAGGAAGAAAAGAAUCUGGGAUUUUGCUGGCGUUGCUGAGGAAGGAGGAAGGGGAAGCAACAAAGGAAACAAACAAAGGCCAAAACAGAAUCUCGGGAAAUGCGGUCGUUGCCUUUGGGAAUCCCUCUUCCUCCCACCUCUUCCUUAACCGGCAAUUCCGUGGACUCUAAUCCCACUCUCACUCUCAAGCGCCCUCAUCAACACUUCUCUUCUUCUACCUCUUCUCUAGGGAUUUCUCAUGGCGACCCCUCUGUUUUCAUCCAUUCUCUUCCCAAAUCGGGAAUAUGCAGAGCAAGUCAAGUGGCGGAGUUGUUCCCAAGUCUGUCUCCAGAGAUAACGGUGAGGGAGGCAAGGGUUGAAGACUGUUGGGAAGUGGCAGAGACUCACUGCAGCUCCUUCUUCCCUGAUUACUCCUUCCCAAUGGAUUUCGUGCUGAGAAUGGAUAGGAUAGUUGGAAUGCUGCUUGGCUUCUCUGUACCUGCUGGUUGCAAGAAAAUCUGCCUUGUGGCUGUUGUUGGCAGCAGCUCCAUUGAUCAAUCCUUUUACAUUGGUAGCGAGGAUAUCAAGAUCGGAGGGUUUGAUGCCAAGUUCACUCUCAACAAGGGAUAUGUUGCCGGGAUCUUGACCGUGGACACUGUUGCCGAUUUCCUUCCUAGAAAAGGCCCACUGCGCCAAAGAAGGACUGGAAUUGCGUACAUAUCGAAUGUAGCAGUUCGAGAGAGGUACCGGCGAAAGGGGAUAGGAAAACAGCUUGUAGCCAAGGCAGAGGCAUUGGCUAAGACUUGGGGCUGCCAUGCCGUUGCUCUUCACUGUGAUCUGCGGAACCCUGGUGCUAUCAGAUUAUACAGAGGGCAAGGUUUCAAAUCCAUCAGGGUGCCUGAGGGUGCAAACUGGCCUCAGCCUAGAACCUCCCCAGAUGUUCAAUUCAACUUCAUGAUGAAGCUGCUAAACUCCACAACGAACUAGCACUUAGCAUCUCCUUGCAACAAAAUUACACGCAGAUACUUGUAGGUAAAAGGGGGGGAAAAUGUCAAAAGUAGGAAGGAUCCUUAUCAGCAGCUGCUCUUGUUGUAUAUAAGUCAUCUGUAUGGAAUGGGAACUUGUCUAAAUGCAGAUAUGUUGCAUAAUAUAGUUUGUAUCUUGAUUGUAAAAAGCUUCAGCAACCGCAGUCUGAUAUAGAUGCUUGAAUAUGGGCAGCAGAAGUGUGCAAAUGGGUUGGGGUUGAGGCCUUCCAGACCAGUUUAUUAAAUUCUGAAAGUAUAUACCAGUAAAAUGUACAACAACGAUUGUUUAGGUACUACAUUGUACUUCAGAUGUGUCUUUUUUCGCAAAUAUGUAAAUGUUAAGGUAUUAUGGUGCCAGAUACAAAAUGUUAUAGUAAAUGACAGUUUCUGUA